GUUUUAGUCUCUUGGUUCACUGCAAAACCAACCAACAAAACAAGACCACGCUGUUGUCAAAUUUACGUGUGCGAACAUCAACACUCUAAUCUGCAAUGAAUGUGAAGAGUAUAUUGAUGCGCGGAAAACACAAGCCACAGAGAUAAACAUUGAUUGAGGGGAUUCUGCAGACGAGUGUUGGCAUGGGAACGACCCCGGGAAAAGAGAAUUAGCAUCAAAAAAGUUACAGCCGUGUUGUUUAAAUUGCCUUACGUUAUUUAACAUUGAAUAAAAUCGGAAGGUGUUCUAAGAGCCGCCUUGCUGUAGAAAUGCAGAUAUUGAAACAGAAUGGGGCUCACUGGCUGCGGAAGAAUUGUGAAGUACUCAAUGUUUGUUCUCAACUUACUUACAUUUAUGGGCGGAUUUGGACUACUUGGGUAUGGCAGUUAUUUAAGAAGUAACAAUGCGCCCUCUAUCGGCAUCCUUACAAUAAUUCUGGAGUACGUGCAUUUAUCGUUUCCAUGGUUACUCAUCAUAACAGCAGUUGUUUGUAUUGGCGUUUCCUUCCUGGGAUGCUGUGGAGCCAUCAAAAAGAUACGAGGAAUGUUGACAAUGCACUUUCUGCUGCUCAUGGCUCUGCUAAUUGGUAUAUUUGUGGGCGGGGUGCUAAGUUACCAAUAUAAACAAGAGAUAGAAUCAACUAUAAUUUUACAAAUGGAAUCUUCCCUUAAUGAGUCCUACGGUACCGACAACCAUAUAACUGACGCAUGGGACGUGUUACAAUCCACACUUCAAUGUUGUGGAAUCGAGGGCAAUGAAAACUCCACGCUCUCCUGGUCGUUCUAUAAGUUAUCUACAAGCUGGUUUAAAAAUCAAAGGGGUGCACGUCGUCUGCACUAUGUUCCGGACAGCUGCUGUAAGUAUCCAGCGGACACGAACAAUUUGACCAAAUGUAUUGGACUAAGGGACACACACAAGGCACCGGUAGUAGGACCCCCAAUCUUACCCAUAAUGACGAACGAUCAAUUCUACUCUCAGGGAUGUUGGACGGUGUUGUAUAGCAUAUUAAACAACAAACUCUGGGUGGCAAUGGUACUUAUCACAACCGUGGCAGCUCUGUUGUUGAUUGGUAUGAUCAUGUCGAUUUGCUUAUGUAAAAGAAUAGAAGAUGAGAUGUAUGAAGAGGACGAAGAAAGAUUUCAGGAUUUUAUUGUUUCCUAAGUUUAUUGUCUGACCAAAGUUUCAUUGUGUUUGUUUAUUAAACUGGUGAACCUCUA